AUGGCCUCGGUCAACUUCGACCAAAAUGCGAUUGACCCUCCGCCGCCGCCGCUCCGCCCAGAGGAGAGUAACAUCUCAACGCCGACGAACCGCCAACGAUGGGCGACUCAUCGAGCCACCAAAGCCGGAGGUAUGCGGAAACGCGUUUCCAUCAUGGAUCGCCUCCAUAAGCGUUCGGAAAUGAGAGAUGAGAAGCGGAAAUCUACUGCGGCCAACUCGACAACGACAACAGAGCCCUCGCCUGCCCCAUCCCCAGAGGACGAGAAUAGAAAAGUUUACUUCAAUAUCCCCCUCCCCGACUCCGAAAGAGACGAGGAUGGCCAUCCCAAAGCGGAUUAUCCGCGAAACAAGGUCCGCACCGCAAAGUACACGCCUAUAACCUUUGUUCCAAAGAACUUGUGGUUCCAGUUUCAAAAUAUCGCCAAUAUUUACUUCCUUUUCAUCAUUAUCCUUGGUUUCUUCUCUAUCUUCGGUGUCGAUAACCCUGGUAUGAACACUGUACCGUUAAUUGUUAUCAUUGUCGUCACGGCCAUAAAGGAUGGGAUAGAGGAUUGGAGCCGAACGGUACUCGAUACCGAGUUGAACAAUUCCCCCGUAUAUCGAUUGGUCGGGUGGAACAACGUGAACUCUACCGAUGACAAUGUUUCCUUGUGGCGACGCUUCAAGAAAGCUUGUACUCGAGGGACGAUUUGGACAUAUCGGCACCUUCGAGAUUUGUUCCAGAAGAACAAGAAGAAUACCGAAACCGCAAACACCGAGCGACGCGCCUCAUAUUUAACUGCUGCCUCCCCAAGAACAUCCAUGGAUUCGGAACAUGGAGAUCGUGGACAGGAUGAAGCUAUCCAGAUGACUCCUGUUCCUUCACCUGUGCCCGAUGCGCGCUCGGAUUGGCCACUCUCAAAUUCAGAAUCAAGCCAGUAUCUGCACCCCGAUAAAGCAGCGCGUACUAGCAAGGCCCCAUCAGAGACUUCUUCGCUCUCUCCAAAGAAAGGUGGCAGUGUGGUAGAUCCGACCAAACAGGCAACUGGCAAUGCGAGAUUUAAGCGUGAUUACUGGAAAAGUUUACAAGUCGGCGACUUUGUCCGAUUGUACAAUGGCGACCCCAUCCCUGCAGAUGUUGUGGUGAUGUCAACGUCCGACCCAGACGGUGCGUGUUACGUCGAAACGAAGAGUCUUGAUGGUGAAACCAAUUUAAAGGUCCGACAUGCGUUGCAUUGUGGUCGAAAAAUUCGUCAUGCACGCGACUGUGAGAAAUCGGAAUUCAUAGUUGAGAGCGAAGCUCCGCACCCCAACUUAUACGCGUACAACGGUGCCGUGCGUUGGGAUCAGCGCGAUCCUGACUAUCCCGAUGCUCCCCGAACAGAGAUGGUCGAACCGGUUACGAUUAACAAUCUGCUGUUGCGUGGUUGCUCUCUCCGUAACACAGAAUGGGUUCUUGGAGUUGUUAUUUUUACCGGUGUCGAGACAAAGAUUAUGCUCAACUCUGGUGUCACACCGACUAAGCGACCUCAGCUUGCAAAGGAUCUCAAUUGGAAUGUUAUUUACAACUUCGUCAUAUUAUUCUGCAUGUGCCUCGUUUCGGCUAUCGUUAACGGUGUGUCAUGGUCCGAAACUGACAGGUCUUUGAAUUUCUUCGAACAAGCCUACGGUGACACCCCCGCAGUGACCGGUGUCAUUACUUUCUGGGUCGCUCUCAUCUUAUUCCAAAAUUUGGUACCAAUCUCCCUCUACAUUUCAUUAGAAAUUGUCCGGACAGUUCAGGCGAUUUUCAUCCACAGCGACGUUUUCAUGUACUAUGAAAAGCUUGGCAUUGCUUGCGUACCAAAGACCUGGAACAUAUCCGACGAUGUGGGACAGAUCGAAUACAUUUUCUCCGACAAGACUGGCACGUUGACGCAAAACGUUAUGGACUUCAAAAAAUGCACUGUCAAUGGGGUUUCGUACGGCGAAGCUUUUACAGAAGCUCAGCUUGGUCUUGUGCGCCGGGAAGGAGGCGAUGCUGAUGCUGUAGCUGCAAGUGCUCGCGAAAGAAUUGCCGCGGAUACUACCAAGAUGAUUGGUCUACUUCGAGAAAUGCACGAUAACCCGUAUCUUCGCGAUGAACAACUUACAUUUAUAUCUUCGGAUUAUGCUGCUGACUUGAGUGGUCGGUCUGGUGAAACUCAGAAAAAGGCAACAGAGCAGUUCAUGCUCGCCCUUGCUUUGUGCCAUUCGGUCAUAACCGAGCACACUCCUGGAGACCCCCCUCAGAUUGAGUUCAGGGCACAGUCCCCAGAUGAGGCUGCUCUAGUUGGUACGGCGCGUGAUUUAGGCUUUACGCUACUCGGGAGAUCAAACGAUGACCUCAUUCUCAACGUCAUGGGCGAGGAGAGGACGUACACGGUUCUUAAUACCCUCGAGUUCAAUUCUACCAGAAAACGUAUGAGUGCCAUUGUCCGCAUGCCUGAUCGCAGCAUAAGACUAUUUUGCAAGGGUGCGGAUAGCAUCAUAUAUUCGCGUCUUGCGCCAGGAAAGCAACAGGAACUUCGAAAAGAAACAGCUGAGCACUUGGAGACCUUUGCGCGUGAAGGUUUAAGAACACUUUGCGUCGCGGAGCGAAAGCUUUCAGAAGAAGAGUACCGAGCUUGGAGCAAAGAGCAUGACAUCGCUGCCGCAGCUCUAACAGACCGUGAAGAGAAACUUGAAAAUGUGGCUAGCUCCGUAGAGAAUAACCUUAUGCUCAUUGGAGGUACUGCGAUCGAGGAUAAGCUGCAGGAUGGUGUACCCGAUACGAUAUCUUUGUUGGCCAGAGCAGGAAUCAAGCUUUGGGUCCUCACCGGUGAUAAAGUCGAGACUGCCAUUAACAUUGGUUUUUCUUGCAAUCUUUUGACUAACGAGAUGGAGCUCAUCGUCUUCAAUAUCCCUGGAGAUCAACCGCAACAAGCAGUACGGGAAUUGGAUGAACAUCUUCAAAAAUUCGGCCUCACAGGAUCUGAUGAAGAACUUGUUGCCGCACGGAAGGAACACACUCCACCGGAGGCAACCCACGCUGUUGUGAUUGAUGGCGAGACCCUGAAGUUAAUGCUCACGGACGAGAUGAAGCAGAAAUUUCUCCUUCUUUGCAAGCAAUGCAAGUCUGUCCUGUGCUGCCGAGUCAGUCCCGCUCAGAAAGCGGCCGUUGUAAGACUCGUGAAGGAGGGCCUCAAUAUUAUGGCUCUCUCUAUCGGCGAUGGUGCGAAUGAUGUUGCCAUGAUCCAGGCCGCCGAUGUCGGCGUUGGUAUCAUUGGUGAAGAAGGUAGACAAGCUGCCAUGUCAGCGGACUAUGCCAUAGGCCAGUUCCGAUUUUUACAACGUCUUAUUCUUGUUCAUGGACGGUAUUCGUACCGACGCCUAGGAGAAACCACUGCAAACUUUUUCUACAAGGUGAGCACUCUUGCAAAUGAAUUUUUAAGCUGCCCGACUGACAAUUUGAAGAACUUGGUCUGGACUUUCGCACUUUUCUGGUAUGCGAUCUACAAUGAUUUUGAUGGCUCCUAUCUGUUCGACUACACCUACAUUAUCCUGGUUAAUCUUGCAUUUACAUCUUUACCCGUUAUCUUGAUGGGGAUCUUUGAUCAGGAUGUGGAUGACAAAGUGUCGCUCGCAGUUCCUCAACUAUAUAUGAGGGGCAUCGAGAGACUUGAGUGGUCUCAGACGAAGUUCUGGUUGCAUAUGCUUGACGGUUUUUACCAGUCCGUCAUAUGCUUCUAUAUGCCAUAUCAAUUGUAUGAGCCAGCGAACUUCGUGCACCCCAGUGGAAAAGACGUUAGCGACCGGAACCGAAUGGGUAUACUUGUCGCCUCCUGUGCCGUUAUUGCCAGCAACACCUAUAUCCUUCUCAACAGUUAUAGGUGGGACUGGUUGACGGUAUUGAUAAAUGCCAUCAGUUGUUUGCUUAUAUUCUUCUGGACCGGGGUCUACUCUUCUUUCCAAGCUUCGGCCCAGUUCUAUAAAAGUGCUGCUCAAACGUACGGGACAUUGUCUUUCUGGAUCGUUCUUCUGGUGACUGUUACGAUAUGCCUCACCCCUCGGUUCGUGGUCAAAUCCGUUCAAAAAGUGUUCUUCCCGCUCGAUGUCGAUAUUAUCCGUGAACAAAUCACACUCGGCAAAUUCAAAUACCUGGAUCAGUAUGAAACGUUUGUACCGAAGGCAGCUGGCUCUGCGGACGAUUCUGCGGCCUCCUCUGAUCUGGGCAAGCCGGUCGAUUCUGGUACGAGGCAAAAUCCUUUCUCAGAUGAUCAGCAGAUAUAUGCGGAAUCCGUUGCCCCGACGGUUCGUACGCAUAAUCAGCGCGGCCAGAAUGGUAGUAACGGAACCACCUAUGCUUCUAGUAUUGACACCACACGGCAUCCCCACCCGCAGGCAGUCGACUACGUGCGAUCCUCAGCCGAGCGAACGCGGCAUUCCUUCGAUAGGGCCCAGCAUGGUUUCGAUGGAACCGACGGCUUUACACACCCCAAUACGUUAACACGCGUGGAAUCGUCUUUGACAACCGGUGCUCAACGGCCGCAAAGCCCUCAUAGCCCGCUUCAGGGUUCGAACUGA